AUGGACAACGAGACAAUCGUGCCUAUAGCCGGCAACGACCUCUCAAUUGGGGGCGAAACCACAGAGCCUGGGCAGACAAACGAACCCAAGAUCAAUCCAUCGUGCGAGUGGUGCAGGAUACGCAAGGUGAAAUGUGAUCGUGCAAAGCCCUCCUGCUCUUGGUGUCUUCGCCAUAACCGACCAUGCCUCUACAGGGAGAGGCGGAGGCCUGGCGGCGAAGAUAAACAGAAGAGCCUUGACCUUGAGAACAGGCUGGGUCGUUUGGAUGCACUCGUCCAUGAUAUCUGGCAGCGUGUUGAAGACCACAUUACAGAGCACGAUGUCCCCCAGCGAGGCCCAGCGCUGGGGAGUUCCUACUUGAAUACCGCUUAUAUCGACCUACCUUCUGAAUCACCCGAUACUACAAUCUACCCGCUUAACAGUGAUGUAGAACCCUCCAUGGUGGGUUCAGAAUCCUCGCCAGGCCAUCUCAAUGCUAUGAGACAUACACAAGACCUGCAAAGCAUGACUUUGGCUUCGGACCCGGAUCUCCCUCCUACCGACUUACUGUAUACCCUGGUGGACCUCUUCUUCAAGCACAUCAACACUUGGUGUCCAUUGCUUGACCGAAAGGCAACCUUUGGGGUCUACUUUGGCUCGACUUCAGUCAGCGAAGGUGAUCGCGUUGUUCUCCAUGCCAUUGUCGCCACAACACUCAGAUUCUCGGCCCUGACUCCGCAUGUCAGGGAGAGGUUUCACAACAUCUCUAGCAAGGCAGUCAAGCUAUAUGCUAUUGAUAACACUAACCUCUAUGCACUAAAGGCUCUCACACUACUUUCCUUGGAUGCCCUGGGGACAUCGAGCGAUCUGGGUGGAUGGAGCCAGCUUGCCCAUGUAGCAAGAAACGCACUUCUUCUGGACAUCUCCGUCGAAAAGAAAUGCUACCUCUCUGGGCAAGGUUCUCUUCACAUCACUUCCUCUCGGAAGUUUGGACUCUCUCAGCCUGAAUCCUGGUUUGAGGACGAGGGGCGCCGAAGGCUUUGUUGGUUGAUUUAUACCUUGGAUCGAUAUGCUACCGUUGCAACAGGGUGCAAGUUCAUAAUGGCUGAGGAAGACAUGAAGCGGUGUCUUCCGUGCCGGUACGACUUGUGGCUGGCGGGAGCACCUGUCGAAACUAGAUCAAUCAGCUGCGACGAUGGCGAGUACGCGAUGAACAGUCCAGAGAACCUUGGAAGUUUCUCUUACCACUGCGAAGUUCUCCGCGUUCUUAGUCGCAUUGACAUAUUCCUCAAACAGCCAAUCGACAUCUACUCAGAGGAUCAGGUCCAAGGCUGGCAGAACACUUUCAUAGCCCUCGAGACGGAGCUAUGGUCAUGGCUUCACAGCCUCCCAGGAGACUAUGGAAAAAUCUCUCUGUUAUGCCACUCCGACCCUGGAGCUAGAGUCGUCAACUGGAUCAUGCUGCAUGCCGCUUUCGUGACAUCGACGAUCCGACUCAACUCUGUUGCUGCUUGCCCGAUCAUCCAAUCCGCAUUGUUUGUGCCGUCCUACCGUGCCAUGCAGAAUUGCCUCUCUGCGGUGGAUAGCCUCCAGAGAAUAGCCCAGGACGUACUUGACAUCGACGGCCUCUACCUCCUGGGCCCUCACUUUGCGUUUUCGCUCUGGGUUUCGGCGAGGUUGCUUAUGCUCCAUGCAGCAACUCUGAGCUGCGAGAUCAGUCCUAAAAUCGAUUUUUUUAUUGCCACCUUAUCACAGAUGGGUCAGUAUUGGCCGGUUGCGUCGAUAUAUUCCGCCAUCCUGGGCCGCGUGAAAGAGAGUGGUUGUUCAGGGGGAAAAACAUUCACGGAGAUGAGACAGUGUGCCUAUGAAGUCGUGGCUACGUUUGAAUCGACAAGACCCAGCACUCUCGAGCCUGCUUGGACAAGGGAAACUUCACCAGAUGAACUAGAUUAUGUUGAAAUAUUUAGCUUCUUCAACUAUCCUCGCCUCACGGGCAGCGCCUUCCAGGGCCGAGGUCAAAACUUUGAGGAGAUUCAAUUUGGCAAUCUUGCGUCCGGCUUAAGCUUUUCAGAACCAAUCCUCGAACAAGACUGGCUAGCUUUUGAAGCUCAACCGGAUGGAACCUUUUUUAGAGACAUUGAUAGGAGCAUAUAG